AUGGCACCGCGAAGCAGGCACUCGAAAUCCGCCAGCGUCACCUCCAGCACCAGCGACAGCGUCAACGGCGGCAUGCUCCCUCCCGCGACUCCUGUAUCCAAAUCACCCUCGCCCGUGACCACGCGCAAGGCACGUUCGCGAUCGACCACUUCUCCGCAGGGACCAGUGACGCCGGUCGUGGUGAUUACCAAACCAGACGACGCCGCACAACCUCUUGUGCCCAGAAAGGCUAAGGAGGUGGGCAAGUUCACCCUGACAAUCGUACUGAGUACAUUGCUCGAGGCAGCUUUCCAGACAGGAGCGUCGUUCGUCACACCGGGAGAUUUGGCCUUGGUGUCGCGAUGGCCGGACACCACGGUCAUCGUGGGCCUCCUGGGAUGGAAACUGGCGAAGCUGAGUUUAUACUGGUUCCGAGGAUUUGACGCGUACGAUGUCGCCAGUGUCUCCCUGCUGCUGUUCACACCGCAAAGCAUUCUCCUCGGCCUCUUCUACGAAAUCAGCCCCAUCACCCUGACGGCGACUACACUUUCGUCAGUCCUGGCAAACGCUCUACCAUACUAUUUCUUCCGUCCGCUUUCGCCGAGCCACAAACCUGGGUCCGCGCCCAAAGCGAGCCUGCGGAACCGCCCGAUCUUGACGGACCCCUACACGGCCAUCGCGACGUCUUUGCUUGCGACCACCAUCUUUGCCGUGCUGCUGGAGGCGUCGUUCGCGACGUUUCUGCCCGAAUGGCUGAUCACGCACUUCAUGGGACUUCGCACGCUCGAACCCGCGCAUCGAGGUCCUUCGGGUCUUCCCACGCUUCUUCUCGCCCUUUUACCCGCCGGCGUGGCGUGUAUGGAGUUCCUCUUCGCCCCACCCACGGCUGCUGGCAGCGUCCUUCUCGCGCCACCGGCGAUUCCCUUCGAUCCGGCCACUGCAUCUUUCGCAGCACACGUCUACUACAACGCCUGGGGCUGGUAUACUGCACGGCAGAAGGAGUUGAUCCGUCGCACGGUGUUCUUGACGGCACUGCUCGUCACAGAGUCGGUGGUGCAGGUAUGGGGCACGGUCGCUGGCGUCGAGCUCCCGGGCGCUCUGGGCUACGCCGGUGUCUGGGGUCUAGGAGUUGUGGUGGUGGGCGUUGUACUGGACUGGGUAGGAGGGCCUAGUGAUUAG